AUGCCAAUAGAAAUACGACACAUAAUCUUACCAACUAUAAUAGAAGAAAGACAGGUAGAUUAUAAGGUAUUCUGUAAUAAGAAUACAGAGAUACCCCCUAUGAAUAUAGGACAUAUCAGGAUAAAAAACUCUGUAGAAAAUAAGUAUAUAGGUACCCCUGUAGAACUUGCUAAAAAAGGAAUAAUUGUCAAACCUGGAAUAGCAAAUGAUAGUUAUAUAACAAUAAUGAAUAUAUCGAAUAGAAAUGUGAAAUUUAACAAAGGACAACAUAUUGGAAAUGUUGAGAAAAUACAGAAAAAUGAUGAAAUUUUUCUUAUGAAAUUACCUGAUCUGAAAGAUCAAAGUGAAAAAGAAAAAGAACGAAUCUUGAUUCUAAAGAAUCAAUGUGAAAAAACUGGAGGUCCUGGAACAUGGAAUCAAAUUGUAAAUACUAAUGAAAUACCGCCAAUUGAAUUAAAUUUGAAAAAUGGAAUGAAAGAAAAUAAAAUACCAAUGCGAGAAAAAAGGCAAGCAUUGAGAAAAUAUAGUAAAGAAGAUAAAAAGGGUAUCAAAGAAAUGCAAGAUGACCUAAUGAAAAGCAAUAUUAUAUUUAGUGGAAAUACUGAAUGGGGAAGUUCUGCACUAGUGAUAACCAAAAAAGAUAGAACAAAAAAGAUUGCAAUAGAUUAUAGAAAUCUGAAUAAGUACUUAGAACAAUAUAGAGAACCAUUACCUGACUCUAAGAAGAUGUUACAAACUGUUAGUAGAUAUAAAUACUAUAUAACAAUGGAUAUAAAAUCAGCAUACUGGCAACUAGUGAUGCAUGAAAACUCGAAGAAAUAUACAGCGACAACUUUCGCAGAGUAUGGAACAUAUUGUUGGCAUACAUUAUCAUUUGGAAUAAGCACAGCACCAGCAUACUUGAUAAGAGCAAUAAACAAAAUAUUAGGAUACUUAGAUUAUGUAAAUUUGAAAUCAUCUAAACAAAUGAAAGAUGAUGUUGAGAAAAUUAUUAAUGAACUUCCUAUCAAAGCAAAGAUUUCAUCAGAAAAACAAAUAAAGAAUAUCUUAAAAGAAGAGAUAGAAUGUAUCAAAUUCCUACAACAAGAAGGAAUUCUCUAUAAAAAUCAAAAAUGUUGGCCCUGUGGAAAUGAGAUAAAACAAAAAGAUAAGAAAUGGAAUUUUACAUGA